AUGGCUAGGCCUGCCUCACGAUUUUCGAGGGCAACAUUCCCCAGGCGAUAUACGCUUGCACCAUUGCCUCCUCAGCGGCAGUCCGCAUUCUUACCGCUCUUUCCAGCCGAUGCAGCACCCUUUGCGCUCCAACACGACGAUGUCAUCCAUCUCUUCUCCAUCCCGGAGUCAUUACCACUCCUCGUCAAUAUACUGACCGCGCUCAGUCGGCGCCGACCCGACCUCAUCCUUAGUACUUUACCCCAAACCGUCGAUGUCAUUUGCGCAAUGUUUUCCUCCUUGCAAAAUACCCAGGCGUUCUCAAGACUUCUUGUCGCGUUGACACAAAUGAGGCUGAAAGGUCACGAAACCAGUCCCUUGGCAAAACACACACCAGCGAUUCUCGUCGCUUACGUUCGUGCUGCAGCAGAUUUACACUCCGCCUUCACACCCACCACCCGACGUGAGCUGGAAUCCGGCUUAUUCGCACUCUGCAACCUUGCGACAGCCGGAGGACGAAUUGAAGCCAGAGGCAGAGAAGGCGAAGGUUUGGGCACACCAUUCGGCCUCGGCGAAGGUGCUGGAGGUGAAAUAGAAUUAUGGGCAGACCUCUGGCGGUCAUGGAGCAAGUCACGGUACAUGGGUCAGGGAUAA